UAUUUUCAACAUAUGUUUAUUGCACCAACAAAACAGAAUUCGUCAUCAAUUUUCUUAUCAGUUUCAACUAAAUUACACACAGGAUUCACAUGCAUGGACAAUUAUUGCAUAAAUAGUCUAACCACAAUGAAUUACAAUGAUCAUGAUUUUGCAAAUGAACCAUGGAGGAUAUUGGAAGACUUUAAAUUGCUGUACAACGCACUCCUUAAGAGAAAAGAGCAACCGGGGAAUAAAACAUCUGCAAUCAGCGUCUUGAAAAGGUGGGUAAGCGACUUGGGAGAUCAAAACGAAGCAUUGCUCGAGGCUGUCAAUUUGCUAGAGAAACAAGGCUUCCACCGCAUCGAUCUAUUGAGCUAUUUGUUGAAAAAACGCGAUACCAUUAAAGAAAAGCAGGCAAGCAAGUUUAAAAAGAUUAAAGACGCAAAUAAGAAUAUCGAAUACUUCAGACAGUUGAAUUGUGAACAAGAGGAAGUUAUCCAAUAUUUACAAGGGAAACAAACAGAACUGGAGGAGGAACUGAAAACAUGCUUGGGUGGAGUUUCACCUCCUCAUCAAAGGGAAUUGUUAUGCUUAACUGAUCAAUUGGAAUGCUCCAUGAAGGAAAAUCAAGUCCUCGAGAAAGAGAAUAAUGCCAUGAGAAAAGAAUUGAAGAGCAUUAAAUCCCAAAUUUCAGAAUUGAAAAGAGAAACUGCAAAGUCGUUCAAACAGAGUUCCAAUACGAGUUAUACAUCUAAAAAUGGCAACAGCUUAAGUUUAGUGGUGCCUGAUGAUCAGAACAGUAGCAUGGAUGUAAACACAAUGAAAAAUGUUUUUCAUCUUAAAAUGCUAGAAGACCUCAAGAGUGAAAUUAUUGCUUUUAAACAAGAAAUGAGAUCAACUGAUGAAGCAAAGGAGAAAAAAGAUAUUACUUACCAAGAAACUCCUGCAGACAAUAAUCGAAAACUGCCAAAAUGCAAAAACAAAUCAGUGAGAGGAAAGAAGGCUCAUCUGUCAUCUUGUAAAAUAACUAGAUCUAGGUCGCUAAAUAUUAACAAAUCUUCUAUUAAGGAGAAGAAAAUCAUUCAAAAAAGAAUAAAAUGCACUCGUGGUGUCAUGACCACUGAUAAACUCUCAAAGCAUCUUGAUUCCUUGGAACGCUCGUUACAGAACCAUCACAUGGAGAUUUGCAAGACAAGAGCGGAUAUCAAAAAAUUACAGGGCUUUGUGACAAAGAUAGAUGACUUUAUUCAAAAUCAAGAACGAAGGUUUUUUUACAAUCAAAAGUUAAAGCAUGAUAAGAAACUCUUCCAAUGUGUGAAUGUUGUUUGUUUUAGGGUAAAAGAGCUUCCAGAAAUUACAAAAAAAAUCUAUUGCAAAACUGAAAAAUUAGGCGAAAAAUUAAACAAAUCACUUUGCAAGAAGUUGCAACUUGAAACAGAGAUAUCAUCCGCCCACAAUGAAAUAAAGCAACUUGAGGAGGAAGGGAAACAUACCGAUGAGAUUGCAUGUUUGAGCUUGGAAGAAAACUACCCAAUUUGUGAAGACAUAGACAAUGUGGAUAUAAAUGAGUUAGCAUUUCUUCUCUCUGAGAAAGACGAACUUAUAUCGCAAUUGGCUAACUAUGCUUCGAGGGAGCCUGAUCUUUCUAAGGAAAUUGAAGACCAAAAAAAAUUAAUGGAACAAGCUGUCCUAGAUGAACAGCACAUACACAAUCUUUUUGAGGCCAGCGAUCAGCAGUUAAAAAAUAUGAAGAAGCUUUCGAUGAAGACCAAAAACUUUUUUAGCCCCGAUAAUUGCUUAUCCGAAGAUUUGUGAAGUCCUAUUCAUACAGAGAAUUUUUAGUACAUUGUACAAACUGCAAAACAAUUAUAUUGUUGUACUACAGA